AUGACGCAGAACAACACCGCUGCCUGCGUGACGCAGAACAACACCGCUGCCUGCGUGACGCAGAACAACACCGCUGCCUGCGUGACGCAGAACACCGCUGCCUGCGUGACGCAAAACACCGCUGCCUGCGUGACGCAGAACACCGCUGCCUGCGUGACACAGAACAACACCGCUGCCUGCGUGACGCAGAACAACACCGCUGCCUGCGUGACGCAGAACAACACCGCUGCCUGCGUGACGCAGAACACCGCUGCCUGCGUGACGCAAAACACCGCUGCCUGCGUGACGCAGAACACCGCUGCCUGCGUGACGCAGAACAACACCGCUGCCUGCGUGACGCAGAACACCGCUGCCUGCGUGACACAAAACACCGCUGCCUGCGUGACACAAAACACCGCUGCCUGCGUGACGCAAAACACCGCUGCCUGCGUGACGCAAAACACCGCUGCCUGCGUGACGCAAAACACCGCUGCCUGCGUGACGCAAAACAAACACCGUUGUCUGCGUGACACAAGCGCGACAAUGCGACACGACUACCAGCCACUUCAGAUGCUGGCCUUGCACAUGCAAAAGAGGAAUCUGCCGUAA